CUCGGAACUCCGGACUCCCCGCCUCGGCCUCCUCCGGUCCCCGGCGCUGCUUUCUUCGGGGGAGGCGCUCCCUUCUGGCGGAAGGACGGGCGGCAGCUGCCGGGCUGCCUCCAUCCCGAUGGGUGUUUUCAAGCCUCUUCUUUGUCGUCCGGUGUAGAGCAACCUGAGGCGGCGGGGGGGUGAUAUUUGGGGCGCCCCACCCUCCAGAAAAGAAUGCCAGCCGCUGCUGAAGUUCCAUUCUUCAAAGGAGGGGAGAUAAUGGCUACUGUAAAUAAACAUGGUUUCCCCCCCCUCCCAUUCGAGACUAGGAACAGCUUUGGAAAUGCGCUGCGGCUCCAUAUUGAUACCGCGCCGGGAAGAAAGGGGUUGCAAAAUCAAAGCUCUGAGAGCCAAGACCAACACUUACAUAAAGACGCCGGUCCGUGGUGAAGAGCCCGUCUUCAUGGUGACUGGGCGGCGGGAGGACGUCGCCAUGGCCAGGAGGGAAAUCAUCUCGGCUGCUGAGCAUUUCUCCAUGAUCCGCGCUUCCCGCAACAAGGCUGGCCCCACCUUCGGCAGCGCCCCCACCUUGCCUGGGCAGGUCACCAUCCGGGUCCGGGUCCCCUAUCGUGUGGUGGGCUUAGUUGUGGGGCCCAAAGGAGCCACCAUCAAGCGGAUCCAGCAGCAAACCAACACCUACAUCAUCACACCCAGCCGCGACCGGGACCCCGUCUUUGAGAUCACUGGGGCCCCCGGCAAUGUGGAGCGAGCCCGAGAGGAAAUUGAAACCCACAUCGCUGUCCGGACAGGCAAAAUCCUAGAAUACAACAACGAGAAUGACUUCCUGUCCAGCAGUCCUGACUCAGGCAUGGAAAACCGCUACUCGGAGGCCUGGCGGGUCCACACUCCUGCCCCAGGUUGCAAACCCCUCUCCACCUUCCGCCAGAACAGCCUCGGGUGCAUCGGCGACUGCUCCUUGGACCCUGCCUAUGAGACGCCCCGGCUGAACGACCAAAACGAUUUCAAUUACAGUUACCUCUUCCCUAACUACGGGGUCAACAAGCAAGACCUGUAUUAUGGGGUCCCCGAGUCAGGAGCGCCUCUGUGGGCUGGCCAGGAAAACACCAAUCCGGUUUCCGUGCUGUUCUCCAAACAGCGCUCGGGCAAUGCCGGCACCCUCCACCCCAAUUCGCACCGCUCUCCCUCAUCAUCCAUCCAAGAGCCUCCCCUCUCUGGGCUUCCGAGACGGUCUCAGGGGGAGCCCCUGCAAGGGUUCUCCAAAUUGGGUGCUUCCACUGCCACCCGGACAUCCCUCUCGAGCAGCCGGGAGUGCAUGGUGUGCUUCGAAAGCGAGGUAACGGCGGCCCUUGUGCCCUGCGGCCACAACCUCUUCUGCAUGGAGUGUGCCGUGCGGAUCUGCGAGCGGACCGACCCCGAGUGCCCGGUCUGCCACGCGGCAGCGACUCAGGCCAUUAGGAUAUUUUCUUAAAACCAGCAGCAGCUGCGGAAACCCUGGCAAACAGGAAGGAGAGCGAGCAAGAGACAAGACAGACAGAAGGACAUCAGAAGCAGGAACAAACACAGGAGAGAAACGAACAUUAGUUUAAAGAGGAAAGAAACUAUUUUAGGAGCAAUGUAUGUUAUUUUUAAAGAAAAUAAUGAUAGUGGUGAUGAUGACGAAGAUGACGGAUAUGAUUUAACUGGAGAAUCUAUAAAUAUUUGGGCAGGCGAUUUGAUACGCAGUGAUUGGUGGUGCUGAUUUUUGGUGGUGAAUUCUUUCUCAAGAUGGUCUUGGGGGGGCUGGAGGGGGGCUGUCCUGGUGGAUCUGUGGCAUCUCCUGGUGAUCGAGAAACUUCUCCUCGGGGGCUGCUGCUCCUCUUCUCCCCAACAACCCAGCUCCGGUCGUGGCCACAACAUGGCCGGAAGAUCUUGGCCGGCCUGGCGGACAACAGCUUUGGAAGGAACUCAAUCAGGAGGACAGGAGGAAGGAAUAAACAAGAGAGAAGCCUCUGGGAAGAUGAUCAAACGAGGGCACAACUGCAUUACCUCAGCAUUUAAAAAGAAAAAGAAAAGAAGCAGCUAAAGACCUUUAUAUUCUGUUUCCUCUAUUUUUUUUCCUAAGAAAAGUUUAAUGAAAAUGAAUAAUAUUUGGGCCGGGAAAAUGAGGAAAGAGGUGUGAAUCCUCCUGGCUACUUUAACCUUUUCAUUUGGAGUCUUCUGAGCCACCGCAAAGGGUUUUGAACAUUGAUCUUUCUUUUUCUAUCCAAGCAGGGAUUCAUCUAAUAAGAAUCAGGAGUCACUAACAGGGUAUUUCCAAAAAAGAACAAAAAUCCCGCAUGCAAAUCAACCCUCCCAAAUGUCGGGUGAGGGUUGACCUCCAUAAACCUGCAUUUCAUGAUGCAAUUUCAAAGAUACAGCCAUGCAAAAGAGAAGUGUUUUUCUUCCUUUUUUCCUCACUUGAUUUUAACAAGUUUCACAUUAAAACCUAAGAAAAUGAUCAUGCAAUACCGGCAACAAAACCCCAUUUUAAUCCACAACCCAAUACAAUGCAAAAAACAAAAACAAAAAACCCACCAGUAACUAUUCAAGUUGACAAGUUCAUAUAUAAUUUUGUUAUCUAAGGACCAAAACUUUUCUUACUCAAAAUCAAGUAAAAAGAUUUUAAAAAAGAAAGAGUAUUUCUUUAUGGACCAAAACCUCUUUUCACUGUCCUCAUCUGGAUCUUCCUGAGGUUAUCUAGUUUUAUAUAUUCUAUUUUUUUCAGAAUGAAGCAGACACAUGCUCAAAAAAAAGGAAAAAAAUAAUCUAAUGUUGAAUUGCCUUGCAGAACAUCCUUAAUCAUUUCAAGACAUUUGACUGCUGCUUUUGUGAUCUCAGAUACUUGGUUCAACUUCUGGGCCUGGAGGAGCUGCUGUGCUCUCUCUGUGAAUUCACCUCCAGCCACGUCACUUGGUGAGAUUUGUUCAACUUGCUACCUGGAUGCCAAACAUGCAAAGGGGUGGAACAAAACAACACACACGCGCACACAAACACACAUACAUAUAUUCCUUUUCUGCCCAUUUCCUGUUACAUUUGCUUAAACUUCUUGGACUUGUUUGCAGAAGGAAACUUUGCAAGCUCAGAGAUGGUUUGAGAAGACAAAAGAUUCUGCUUUGGGUUUUGCUUUGUGCAUUUUAUGGAAGACUUUUGUUUCAUCGCCACGUCACGUUCUUGGGGGAAAUCUCUUCUUUUUCUCUGUCCCAAAUAUCACCCUCUGACCUCUGUUGACUUGUCCCAGAAAGUCCUCAGGCCCUCACGGACAGUGCCAGGUCCACCACCUGCAGCCGUGCCCCACCCCUUUCUGGCGUAGCCGAUCCUGCUUGCUCUGCCUCGGGAAGAUGCUCACAGCUAUGCAUGCACCCCACGCUUCCUCCCUUGGCCACAGAAGAAGCCCCACUGUGACCCACGGGACUCCCGCCCCCUCCAGAGAUUCUGACACCUCCCUGCUGACUUCUCACAAUGCCAAAUCCCUUCUCAAGCCAUGCUUGUUCAGCACAGAGCAUGCCCACCGCCCUGGCUUUUGGUCAGCCUGGCCAACCUCGGGCCAAAGGUGUCAUCUGGCCAGGAUCUGUUUUCAGGGGGAGGGCCUGGGGAGGAAGGGCCACAGCGGUGGCGGCGGCAGCUUUUCUUCUUUAUGAUGAGAACAUCCAGGUCUUGUGCAGGAGUGGAAGGACGGGGCCGAGCUGAAGUAUGCCCACUCACUCGCUCCGAUGUUCUGCAUGCAAAAACAAUGUUGAGUGAACGGGGACCUGUCAGCUUCACCUGGGCCUUCACACCUGUCCUGGAAGGUAACGUGGCUUCAAUCUGCACUGCAGUUUCCUCUGAACGUGAUGACAUCCUGGAUGAGUGGCACUUCAUUCCCAUGCUACUCAAGAGAGGUCCCAGCGCUCUAGGGUGGCUCCCCUCCUCACUGGCCAGAAGGAGCAGCCCCACCCAGUCAUUCAGCAGCAUGAAAGUGUUUUCUGGCCAAGCAGGGAAUCGGGAGGACCACGAGGGGGCUCGGUUGGCCCCGAGUCAACAAAGGCCCCGGGCUGCUCCCUCUCCGUCUGCAGCUCCCCGGAUGCAGUGCCCCCACUGCAGGGGGCGGUGAGGAGGUGCCCCACCCCAGCACACCAGUCAAGCAACUUUCUAUGCAUUUCUUUGGGGGAUCCAGAAAGACUGAGCGAUUCCCUGGCUUCAUGCUUUUAAUUUUCACCGCAAACCCCUCAUGGAUACUACAAAGUCUCCCUUCACAUCUAUUCUACUGGGAUAUAAAUAUAAACAUGCAUUCAGAUAUGUCUA